AUGCCACGAAUUGCUGUUUUUCUCUCUUAUUACCGACCCUGGGCCGUUUGUGCUCUCGCUUUUGCAAUCUACACCCAAAUACUUCACGAUAAGGAUUAUUCUAUUCGUCAUGCCCCGUUUUACAUGGGGAAGUAUUUACUGGCGUUCUUGAGCGUUUGGGCAUUCUACUUGGUGUUUUUGUAUCAUUGGUUCUUUAGUCCUUUGAGACACCUCCCGCAACCAAAGGGCGCGAGCUUUCUCAAUGGGCACUGGGCAGAGUCUGUCAGUCAGCCCGCUGGAUUGCCGUUCAGACAUUGGUCAAGGACAAUUGAAAACAAUGGGUUGAUCAGAUACAAGCAUCUAUUCAACCAAGAAAGGCUCGUCGUCACAAGCCCUGAGGGACUAAAAGAGGUGCUUGGUCAAAACAGCUAUGACUACGUCAAGCCUCAUCUCCUCCGCGCAAUGGUCGGCAAGAUCUUGGGUUAUGGACUACUCCUGUCAGAAGGAGAUGUUCACAAGUUGCAAAGGAAGAACUUGAUGCCGGCAUUCAGCUUCCGUCACAUCAAAGAGCUAUACCCCGUCUUCUGGAGCAAAGCACAAGAGCUGGUCCACGGGAUCGGAAAGGAACUCAAAGAGGAGUCAACUUCAGAGAUUGAUAUUGUCGACUGGGCGAGUCGAGCCUCUAUGGACAUCAUUGGUUCUGCAGGUAUGGGCCACGAGUUCAAGUCUCUUGCAGAUCCCAGCAUCGAAGAUACUAUGAAAAUGUAUGGAUCGAUGGUGAAGCAGAGCCGUGGUGCUAAGCUCUUGACUGUUCUUCAGCUUGUUCUUCCAUCCAUAAUUACGGAUUACUUGCCAUUUCAAAGAAACAUGGGCGUUUUGGCUGCCUCAAAAGCAGCAAGGGAAACGUCUCAGAGACUCAUCAACGCGAAGAAAGUUCAAAUGGCAGCUAAGGAGAAGCUGUCGCCUGAUAUCAUAUCUACAGCACUGGAGUCUGGCCAUUUCACCGAUGAAGGACUCGUUGAUACGAUGAUGACCUUUCUGGCUGCUGGACACGAGACCAGUGCUGCAGCGCUAACCUGGACAAUGUUUCUUCUGGCAAAGAACCAUGAUAUCCAAGACCGCCUUCAAGAGGAGAUUCGACAGAAUGUUGAUGGUCUCACAGACGACGUUGAUGCCAAAAAGCUCGAUAGCCUCUCUUAUCUCCAUGCAGUCUGCCAGGAAUCACUAAGACUCUACGCACCAAUCCCCUUCACCGUCCGCGAUGCCCUCAAAGACACUCGAAUCCUCGGCACAUUCAUUCCCAAGGGAACAAUGGUCAUCCUCUGUCCAUGGGCCAUCAACAGAGCCCACGAACUUUGGGGUCCGGAUGCAGAUGAGUUCAACCCUGAGCGGUGGAUGGCGCCUGGCCAAGCCAACUCAGGCGGUUCAAAGAGCAACUACGCAUUCCUGACGUUUCUGCACGGCCCUCGAGGCUGCAUUGGUCAAAAGUUCUCACUAGCUGAGCUUAUGGCUCUUACAUGCGCGUUGGUAGGGAGAUACAGGUUUGACAUUGACAAGGACUACGAGGUACGGGAUAUCGCCGAUGGAAUUGUGGCGAAGCCAAGUAAGGGGUUGAAAGUCUUUGUGGAGGAGGUUCAGGGUUGGUGAGCAUAGAUCGUGUAGCAAAGUACAAUUGUAGUAUGCACCCUCAUGC